AUGGCGGCGGCGGGGGAAGGCUGCUGGCGGCGGUGUGGGGAGCCCGGUGGUGAGAGUCUCUUCGUGUACGAUUGUGUCAGCGCGGAGAAGAAGACCUUGGGAGAUAAAGGGCAGGAUGGAAAAGCAACAGAUAAAGGAACUGAUGACAUCCUGGCUUUUGCCUUCUCCCCAUCAGGGGAUUAUUUUGCCUUGACAGAUGACAACAAACGUCUGAUCCUGUUCCGGACAAAGCCUUCCUGGGAAUGUGUUAGUGUCAGGUUUGUGAACAGGAGAUGCACAGCCCUGGUUAUUACAGCUGCAGAGGAUAAGAUUUUCGUUGCAGACAAGUCUGGUGAUGUCUAUUCUUACUCAAUAACAGAACCUCAGGCAGAUGGAAAACUUGAGCUGGGUCAUGUGUCUCUGCUGUUGGAUGUGGCUCUGAGUCCUGAUGACCAGUACAUCCUCUCUGCAGACAGAGAUGAGAAGAUCAGAGUCAGCUUGACAAAGGCUCCUUACAGUAUUGUAUCCUACUGUAUGGGACACAGAGAGUUUGUAAGCAAAAUAUUUGUAAUACCCAACUGUCCUGAUCUGCUGUUGUCAGCCUCUGGGGACUCGACUCUGAGACUCUGGGAAUAUAAAAGUGGAGAAGAAGUGCACUGCUGUCAGCUAAGCAGCAUCUGUGGGCCCGAGGCAGCCAAAACUGACCAGAAAUACACCGUGUCAAGAAUAACCUACUGCUGUCAAGGUGGUUAUGUUGCCAUUCUAUGUGACAGUAUUCCCACAGUCUACAUCUUUCAGCUCGAUGCCACUGCCCAGCAGCUCGUUUACAAGCAGCAAAUCCCUUUGCAGCAUAAAGGUUGGGACAUUGCAUUUGGGGAAACGGGAGAUCUGUGGAUUUUGCAGGAAGACAAGGAAGCUCCUCUUCAGUUGUACAGAGCAUGUGAUGGACAGUGGAAGGCUGUAACUGAUGACAAAGGAUUGCAGAAGAUGUCAAAAUAUAUUCAAGACAACUGGACGGUGUUUGAAGGUUUUGUUGGUGCAGGAAGCUACUACAGACACCUCUACAAGGCUUCAUUUGAUAACAUGGAUGAAUAUCUACAGAGGAAGGAGGAAAGGUUACAGCAACAGAAAAAGAAAAGGCAGAAUCUACAAUGUGGUUCCAAUGGACAGACAAAAAAAAAGAUGAAGGCUGAAGAGUCAUCACUAUGACUGUUGUUAACUUGUACCUUUUGCCUUGAUGAAAGGUGGUGAUCCAACUGCAGACUGUUUUUAUAUGUAAAAUGUAUUCUGGAAGAAGACUGGUUUAAACUUUUAUUCAGGUUUUCAGGUAGGCUGAUGUGACAACAUCCUGCUUGCAGCACAUAAUGCAUUUACAAUAUGCCUAAGCUUUAGCAGCACACAGUGUUAGUGGUUCAGUCCUGGGUAUCUCUGAUGCAUGAUAUAUGAAUAUUGGAGAGGGUAUUUUCCUUAAAACAGGAUCUUCUUUUUGCCUACUGUGUUCAGGCUUUCUUCUUCAGGUGGAAACACACCUGAUGUGAUUUUCUUUUGGUUUGGUUUCGGGUUUUUUUAAACUUUCUAAAAGUUUUGUUAGUUAAUGUAUCUAACUUAGUGUACCUGGCUAUGGGAAAGGGAAUGUAGCAAAAUUCUUGCUGUAUAUGAGAAGUUUUAGCUGAGAAUUUCCCUUUGUCUUCCCUUCAGUCUAUAUGGUUGGGAUUCUGCCUAGUUUCUAAUCCAUUGCUUCUUACUUGUGGAAUAUUUCUAUAGGAAGAAGUGCAAAAGUUGAUUUUAUAUCUACAAAGUAAAAGUAAAAUGUGUCAGUCAACUUUUGUGUUAUUGGAAGACCCUUCUAUUGCAAUAUGAUCCUGCUGUGUCUGUGAAAAUCAUUUGAGAGGUCUGUGAGCAAAACCUGGAGUGCAUCCUGCUUUCUUCAGCAAGAACUCUUCCAUGUUGCAAUUAGCCAAGAAAUACAUCUUUUUGAAAAGUUAUCAGCCAGAGGCUUAGGGGAUCACUUGUUGCUUCAUCAUGGGGCAGAAGAUGUGUUCAUCUACCAGAUGGUAUCAUGUCCUGUAUGGAAUAAAAUGUACUUUACAAAACCAGGUGUAGAAAUCUGUACAAUCCAUUAAAAGCAUUCAGAAUGAACCUAUGAACCAUGAA